CUCAAACUAAUCGUUGCUGUCAUAAAUGUGACGAAGUUUUUUGUUUUCUGUUGAUUUGUCUAAAGACAGCAACCUUCUGGGGACGUUUUCACAGUAUGCUCUCUGUGUCACCAGUAUUUUAUGAUGAACCUCCAAUCAGAUAACACCUCUGAAAAGCACUCCAUUCUUUCGGGGGUUCUUAUCAACAAAGCCAUCCUUAUAGAUGGACAAGGGGAACAACUGGAGUGCUCUGGUUAUCGUGACCAUGCCUGUAAGAGGUGUAUGUAUUACCUGUUAUGUGUGCUUACCCUGGGCUUUUCUCUACUCCUCACUCGCUGGAAGCCUGAGUGGGGCUAUUACCUGACCAAAACUCGCUGCCCGCUCGCUACUGCUACCUGUGUCCUGCUGAAGGAUGCAUCUGGACAGUUCUUCACUGCCGAUAUACAGACAUUACAUUUGAACCCUGGCUUUAAUACAAGUAUUCAAGGUUUAGAUGAUGGACAGGAAGAGGAAUCAUAUGAAACAGAAAGUGUGACAGCAUGUCUCACAUCAUCACAGCUGGGAGUGGAGCGGGUAUUGACAUACUUUGACCAUCACCACGAGCGGUUUGUCUGGGACAUCCAGUCAGCUACAUACAAGAGAUUACAGGGUUUGGAUGUCAACACAAAGUGCUCGGCUUUCCAUGACUGCUUUCAGGGCAUGUCUGCUGUCGUUCAAGCUGAAAAACUUCAGUUGUAUCGGCCUAACUCUAUUGAUAUUGAGGUGAAAUCAUACUGGAGAUUAUUCAUUGAUGAGGUACUCAACCCUUUCUACAUUUUUCAAGUGUUCAGCGUGGCCCUGUGGUUCUCUGACAAGUACUACUACUACGCUGGCUGCAUCAUCUUCAUCUCCCUCAUUUCCAUCAUUGUGUCUCUGUAUGAAACUAGAAAGCAAAGUGUGACCCUGCGAGACAUGGUUUCUAUGACAACAUCAGAGAUUUUGGUAUGCAGAGGAAACAAAGAGUUUGAGGUAGUGGACAUCCACAGCCUGGUGCCCGGUGAUGUAAUAGCCAUCCCCUCCCAUGGCUGUCUGAUGCCCUGUGACGCUGUCCUCACCCAGGGCAAUUGUAUUGUUAAUGAGAGCAUGCUCACAGGUGAGAGUGUACCAGUUACCAAAACCCCGUUAACUCAUCAGGAAGAUACAGAAACCUACUCGCCAGACGAGCAUAAACGCCACACCUUGUUUGCUGGCACCCAAGUGAUACAGACCCGCUACUAUGGUCAAGCCAAAGUCCUGGCAGUGGUUAUAAGAACAGGGUUUAACACAGCCAAAGGGGAGUUAAUCCGCUCGAUACUCUUCCCCAAGCCUGUCGGGUUCAAGUUCUACCAAGAUGCCAUGAGAUUUAUUCUGUUCCUGGGCCUCAUAGCAACAGUAGGCAUGAUCUACAGCAUUGCUAUUCUCUACAGGGAAGGGGUUUUGUUCAGUAAGAUAGUGUUGAGAGCACUGGACAUCAUCACUAUCGUGGUGCCUCCAGCUCUCCCGGGUGCCAUGACAGUGGGCAUGGUGUAUGCUCAGAUGAGGCUCAAGAAGCAGGGCAUCUUCUGCAUUAGCCCACCCAGGAUUAACUUCUGUGGCAAACUCAAGCUCAUUUGUUUUGACAAGACUGGUACCUUGACAGAAGACGGCCUGGAUAUGUGGGGUGUUUUACCCGUGGUUAGUAAAAGGUUUCAUGGGAUCAUCCACGAGCCCAGCACAUUGCCCCGUGACCCGUUUCUGGUGUGCAUGGCAACAUGCCACUCUCUGACAAUGAUUGACGGAGAACUGAAUGGGGACCCGCUCGACCUAAAGAUGUUUGAAUCUAUAAACUGGGACAUAGAGGAACCUGGGGAGGAUAGAACCCGCUUUGAUUGUCUUAUGCCCACUGUGGUUAAGCCUAAAGCACCUGGCUCACGAGCCUUCUACCGGGGAUACCCCUCCUACAACAGUAAUCAGCAGGUUUUAGAAGAGCCAGGUCAGGAUACUAGUAAAUUUGAAACGAUGAUGCCUACUGUUGUGAAACCGUGUACACGAGACACAUUCAUGCAUGAUGUCAGUCUACCUGACAAGCCUCCCUUUGAGGUUGGGAUAGUUCGUCAGUUUACCUUCUCCAGCAGCAUGCAGAGGAUGAGCGUCAUCGCGCGUAUAUUGGGCCAGUCGCACAUGUCGGCGUAUGUGAAGGGAGCGCCAGAGAAAAUUAUCUCUCUUUGUAAACCACAUACUGUACCAGAGAAUUUCCCAGAAGUAUUACAUCAGUAUACAAUUCAAGGGUUCAGAGUUAUUGCCCUUGCUUACCGUGAAUUUGACUCAAAACUCACUUGGCAUCAGGCACAGAGAAUCUCAAGGGACAAGAUAGAACACGACCUGGAUUUCCUGGGCCUUCUGAUCAUGAGGAACACUGUGAAACCAGAAACCACCCCAGUCAUCAAGAAACUGAGGACUGCCAAUAUCAGGACCGUCAUGGUCACAGGGGAUAACAUCUUGACGGCUAUAAGCGUAGCACGGGAUUGUGGGAUGGUACAACGCAGUGAUCGUGUCAUUCUGGUGAAUGCAAACCCUCCCGAUCCCGUCACCAACAAAGAGGCCUCAAUACUCUGGCAGUUUGCAGAAAUGCCGUCUGACAGCUCAGCUAGCGAAGCAGAGGUUCCCCCAGAGGCCACUCCCUUUGUCUCUAGCACAUCUGGUGGAGGAAAGUCCUAUCAUGCAGUGAGCCUGUCAGAUGAAACAGAGAAGUACCACUUUGCUGUAACCGGGAGAAGUUUUGCAGUCCUAACUACGUAUUUCCAGGAUCUCAUGCCGAAGAUCUGUACCAGAGGAACCAUAUUUGCUCGCAUGUCACCAGAACAGAAAGCCCAGCUGGUGAAGCAGCUGCAGGAUUUAGGUUACGGAGUAGGCAUGUGUGGAGAUGGUGCCAAUGACUGCAUGGCCCUGAAGACUGCCCAUGCUGGUAUAUCUCUGUCUGAGGCAGAAGCAUCUGUGGCCUCGCCCUUCACCUCCAAAACCCAGAACAUAGAGUGUGUGCCCACUGUCAUCAGGGAAGGAAGAGCUGCCUUGGUCACAUCAUUUGGCUGUUUUAAAUACAUGGCUCUCUACAGUAUGAUACAGUUUGCAUCCGUCCUCAUCUUGUAUAAUUUCAAGACGAACUUGUCUGAUUUCAUGUUCCUGUAUGUAGAUUUACUUAUAACAACUACAGUAGCCUUUCUCAUGGGCUAUACAGGGGCGUAUGGGAAACUGGUGGCCAGGCGCCCCCCAGGAAGCCUUCUCAAACUGUCCAUCCUGCUGUCAAUCAUUUUCCAGGUGAUCGUUGUCACAGCAUUUCAGGUUGGCUCCUACUUCCUCAUCAAGGCACAGCCCUGGUUUGUCCCUGUGAAGCCCACUCCCUCCGCGGAUAACUACCAGUGUUUUGAAACCACCACCAUAUUCUACGUGUCAGCAUUCCAGUACAUGACCCUAGCCUUUGCCUACUCCAAAGGCCCUCCAUUUAGAAGGAGAAUAUGGUCAAAUGUCCUGUUUAGUCUGUCUUUGGUUGCCCUGGUCGCCUUCACUGCCUGUCUUAUGUUUGUUGCCCCAGAAGGUGUACGUAACUUCCUCAAGUUGAAGCAUUACCCGAGCCGAAGUAUGAAGUUCAAGCUGAAGCUGGUGGGAUACAUCGCUGUCAAUUUUGUGGUGUGCUUGUUUAUAGAGUGGAUAGUAGAAUCUGAAACUUUCCAAAAGGUGUGUCGAUUUUUGAGGAACAAAAAGAAACCGAAGAACAGGUAUAAACUUGUGGAGAAGGAACUUACACUUCUGCCUGAUUGGCCACCUGUUGAUCAUGUGACACUUCCCACAAGCACCCUGGAGAGCAGUGCUGUGCAAGAAGCACAUCCCUAACAGGUGAUAUGAAAACUGCAUCACAGAGACCAGCGUACAUGUAUGUUGGAACCAAGAUGGUUUUAUAGGUUAAGUAUUUGGUGGUAACAAAGGUGACACCUCUCAAAAGUGCAAAGUUCUGCUUUUAGGUGUGUGAGAAUUACAGCAUCUUAUGUGUCUGGUUAUGUGAUGUUUUUGGGAUGAGCGCGUAUUUGCAUUACUUGUAUUAGAUCUGUUAAUAGCAAUAAUAACGUUUAUAAUAAACAGCAGGGCACCAUACCACAAAGUAUGAUGUAACUGUCUGCAUCACUCGUUACCAUGGUAGCAAUUGAUCGAGAUUAAGUGCAUUGAUUUGUUGAACAGGGCCCAGACCAGCAUUAAUCCAACAUGUUGUGAGGUUCUGUAUUUUUGAGUUUUAAAUGAUCUUCAUUUCAGUUAUAAACCGGGAUAAUGUAACACUUAUACACAGUAAUUUUAUAUGCAAUGUAAAACCUCUUUUGGAUGCAUACGUGGGCACGUACUGUUAAGUUUUUCAUCAGUCUGUUAAUUUAACAUGUCAUUCAGGCAUUGAGGAAUUUUUAGCAUGUUUUCAUUUAUGUGGUGUACUGUUGUGAAUUUUAUUUGCUUUUUUUAACAAUAACAUAUAUUUCUUAGAAUUUAUUAUAUUAUUAUUAUUAUUAUUAUCAUUCAUUGAUGUUUAUAUAACUUGGUGCUUAAAGAAAACACUUCAUGUAUAUAUAUUACCAUUGAAACCUGCCAAGUUGUUGAUUGUUCAUGUUCCAAGUGUGUUAGUAACUUUUUCAUGAAUGUACUCACUACUGUACGAAAAUGUUACUCCUACAAGAUAACGGAUUAUUAAGAUUCAUGUACGUUGUUAAACCGCUUCUAAUUUGUGGCAGAUCAUGAAAGGCCUGCAUUGUUCACUGUGAUAAAACCUGAUAUUGAAUGUAGGGGUUAAAUUUUUUUGAAUUGUUUAAAAUCCACACAGAGAAAUGUGACCGUAGUCAAGAAAGCAUGUUAAUACAGUUUUUGUUUACAAAAAUUUUGAUAAUGGUGUAUUUCACACCAUGGUUUUUUGUCACUGAUGAUAGUUAUUUUUCUUGCAUUUAUGGGAAAAGGGUUUAUCCACUAGGAUUAAAGAGCGCAAAACUGCAUGGCAACUUUCCAAAGGUCGUUGGUUUACCCCAGACACAUAGUUUCUGCCACACAUAAAGCUGAGCUCUCUGUUAUUUAACUAAGUCAAAAAUUUUGUUUUACUUGGUUUACUGAAUUCUUAAUGGUUUCUCAUAUUUAAAUGCAUUCAUUUCUGCUUGGAAAAGUUACAUUUGUUAUGUCCAUUAUGUUGGUGGUGAUAUUUAUACAUGACUUAUCUCAAUAGCAAUAGGGCCCUCCGUGGCUCAUUUGGUUAGCGUGCUAGCGCAACGUGAUGACCCACGAGUUUCUCAUCAAUGCGGUCACUGUGAGUUCAAGUCCAGCUCAUGCUGGCUACCUCUCCAGCUAUGUAUGGGAAGGUCUUUCAGCAACCUGCAGAUGGUUGUGGGUUUCCCCCAGGCCCUGCCCGGUUUCCACCCACCAUAAUGCUGGCCACUGUCGUAUAAGUGAAAUAUUCUUGGGUAGGGCGUAAAACACCAACCAAAUAAAUAAAUCAAUAGCAAUAUAUCUGUGGAGGACUGCAUACUAUUAACUGCACAGUGAUUGGAUCUAGAUUAUAUAUGUGCUUCGACUUAAUUCAUUUGUAAAGAGGUCCAAUAAGUGUGAUAUUUAUUGUCAAUACAUGAAGGUAAAUUGUGUGUAUUAAGGUGACUUUUUAUUGAAAUGUGGGAAUUACAAUUCGGCAUUGUUAUUAAUUUUCUGUUGGAAUUAUAUUUGAAUUUGUGGAACUGUCAAAUAAUGUGUUUGUUUUGGAGGAAUAUUCGCAUGAGCCAGUGGUCCCAGUUGUUUAGCCCAUUAGGCAAGAGCACUUAUAUCUGAGUCUAAUUACGAUCUCCGUGAAAAAAUGAUAACCUUAGAGGAAACCUAACUCCUAGUAAUUGUACCUUAAACUUUCCAGUAGCCGGUCAGAUUUCCAGGCUAAUGGUGUUUUGAGAUUUGAAUUUAGGUGUCCAUGCAUGCUUUGUGUACCUUGGCUUAAGUUCUGGCAAAAAUGUGGCUUGUUCAAAUGCUGAUUGUACUGAUGUUGGUUUGAUCUGGAACAGACAGCUUUCCUUUCUUUGUAUGAGAGGAGAAGAAAGCAAAAAGAUUGGGUAUUAAAUUCAUUAGAAUAGACCACUAAAAACUAUUUGCAAAAUAUGGGUAUUGAUUUAACAGCCAAAACAAUAUUUUCAUUAUAUCAUGAUUAUCUUUGUAUAUUAUCAGAAUAGCUUUUUUGUAGGUUCAGUUACAAUAUUGCAUGAAUGGAUUUAACAAAAAUGCAGUUUGUAGCCAAAAAAUGAGGCGUAUCAGUCAUGUAAGUCGAAAUCACGCUUUGCAGCAAGACUUGUGUUCACCUGUCAGUCAUAUCAUUUUGAAUUAAAUUUACGUUGAGAAGCGGGAUUUCGCCUUAAAUGAACUAUAUCCUCAAAAUGUCAUUACAUCAUUACUUGCGUGAUGAAAUGUGACCUUAUUAUCUGCACACUGGACCAUUUGGUGUUUGGGAAAGCACUGCCUGUAUCAGGGACAAUACCAGUUUAUGGACAUUUGGAAACUUUGGUUGUUAUAAUGCCUAUCUCUUAGUCUACUCUCUGUGGAAGUUGUGGCGGUAUUAUGAAGUAUAGCAUUAAGGAAAUCGGCGUGGUUAACAUUGACAAGGACUGCUCUGGAAACCAACAGUUAGGAGUCCACGAUUAUGUUGUUUUUAAGCAAAUAUAGUGUUGGUAUAUUUUUUAAAUUAUUGGGAUGUCAUUAUACAUUUAUAUGCAUCAGUAAAUACAAACCUACGAAUGUUUAUUAUCUGAAUAUUUAAUAAAUAUAUGGUUAAAAUGAA